AUGUCCUCUACAGAGGGUGCUCAGCAGCUCAGUGCUGGUCAGCGUUUUGCCAAGAUGGGUUCUCGCGUUGGAUCAAACUUCAAGCCUGGAACGUUUAUAUACUCAGCUCUAUUCGGUGCAGCACUGGGUGUAGGUGUGGCUGGAGCCGACUACAUCUUUAGGAACAUUAAGGUUCGCUUCGCUGACAAAGAACAUCUCAUAUUAAUGAGCAGACAAAGGUACCUAGAGAAACAAGCCGUGUUUUAUCAGCAGCUAGCCGAGGACCAACAGAUGCAUCGGCUUGCCAGUCUUGCUCAGGAAUAUGAUCCUGUCGCUACUCGCAUGCCGUUCGCUCAGUUAGAAGACAAGUACAGAUUCUAG